AUGACAGAAGAAGAGGAAGAACAGGUUAAGCAGCAACUGGUUCCAAGGAUUAUCAGUAACAACAUUCAUGAAAAGACCAGCAGUCGAAUGUCAUCACCAGAUAGUUCACCUUCUCCUCCAUCUUCACCAAGAAUAAGAUCUAUUCCACUGCCUAGACUGUAUCGACUUGAGGGGAACAGUAAAGUGUACAUACUCUUGCUUACUCUUUUCUCAAUCAUGUCUAUUGGAAUCAUUUUGGAUUCUUUUCUACAUCAUCAACGAGAUGUUUCGGGAUGUCGACAAAGUUAUAUGCGCCCACAAUAUAUCAAACAGACCGAGUUUGAUAGUGAAAUGACUCGAUUUGCUGGGAAAUAUAGCUUAUAUCUUUAUCGGGAGAAAGGCGUUGAUUUAACAGAUCAACCAACAGGUGUGCCUGUCCUAUUUAUUCCUGGUCAUGCAGGUAGUUUUAGACAAGUGCGUUCGUUAGCAGCAGAGGCAGCCUAUUACUAUUAUACACAUUAUGAAAAGGAUACAAUCAAAUGGCAGCAGGGAGUAAGAAACUUGGACUUCUUUACUGUUGAUUUUAAUGAAGAAUUCUCCGCACUUCAUGGUCAAUCUAUACUAGAGCAAGCAGAGUAUCUGAAUGAUGCUAUCAGCUAUAUCCUCAAGUUAUAUACACAAGCACGUAAAACAUACGCAUCCUCUUCCUUACCUGAUCCUACCUCUGUUAUUAUCCUUGGCCAUUCUAUGGGUGGUGUCGUGGCUCGUACCAUGUUUACCAUGUAUAACUACCAACAUGGGACAAUCAACACUGUCAUUACUAUGUCUACACCGCAUAUGCUACCACCGGCUCCUUUUGACUGGAAGAUUUCACAGCUGUAUGAUGACAUCCAUCGUUUUUGGCAGGAGAAAAUAUCAAGUGUAUUAAAAGACGUGGCCAUUGUGUCCAUUGCUGGUGGUACCCUCGACAAUACCGUCUGUUCAGACUCGACCAAUAUUGAAUCCAUAAUACCUGCCACACACGGCUUCACUGUGUUCUCAACAGCAGUACCAAAUGCUUGGACAGCGGCAGACCACGUAUCCAUCUUGACCUGUAAUCAACUUGUCAAGGUUAUCUCAAAGGCGCUUUUGGAUAUAACUGACAUCAGACGAGCACCACAGACCAAACCACUAGAAGACCGUAUGCGUACUCUAAGACAAGCUUUUCUUGGAAGUCCAGAAGACAGAGUGGGCGAUCUUCCACUAGGUAAUCACAGCAUCUUUCAUUCAGCAGAAACCGAUGUUUUGUCUCUAUCUCCUGGUGAUAGGAUUACGAUUGAACAUGAACGUAUAGCCGAUAUUGUUUUGUUACCUACAGUAUCGAACGCAGAUGCAUUUGCUAUUCUUACCGAUGAUCCCACACCAGGAAGAUUUGAAAUCCUGUUGUGUUCAGCUUUAAGAAGCGAUGGAUACAUCAUCUGUCGUGAUAUCAAUGCUAUUGCUAUACCUGUUCCUGCAUCAACCGAAAAAGAUGCACACCCUUUUUCUGGGCGCACAUUCUCAUUUGCUAGCAUCAAUUUUAGCGACAUGAAAAGUUUUAGUCACUUGGGUAUAUUGGACAAAGGCACGACAGAAGUAAAGAGUAACUUUUUGAUUGUCGAGCCAUUGAAUACACGAAUGAAUAGCCAAGUGAUACACCAGUCAAUGCUUUCCAUCGCAUUAGGAGGAGUUCACGUCAAGACGGGCAGUAGCCUGUUGACGUCGAUCCGUAUACCCUUAAUUGAAAGCCCAAUAUUGGCCUAUCAUCUCAAAGUAUCACGACCCAACUGCCAAUCAUCUCAUUUCGCUCCUUUCCUUCGUCAGUCGAUUUCAACCAUGCACGAAUCCAAGUUUUAUGUGAAUCUAGCAGGCGAUAAUCGAGACGCGGCAGAAGUUGCUAUUCAUGGCCGUACAGCUUUUGCUUCCAUCAUGAACAGACCCAAAAGCGUAGAUCAAGAUGGACUGUCAUUUCAAAUUUGGAUGGAUCCAACCUGUGCCGAGCCAUUACAGCUGGACUUGAGCAUUGACUGGUACGGCAGUGCAGGCCGUCUGGGUUUUCGAAAUGGUAUCAUGCUCGCUACAUUCUCAUUUAUUGUCGUCAUGCUUGUCUUUGCUUCACAGAUCCAAUGCUAUAAUAACACCGGCAUCUAUCCAAGCUUUGGCCAGGGGCUUUCCUUUUGUCUUCAACGGCCACUACCCAUGGUCAUGUUUUGUGUGACGAUCUGUAGUAUAGCUCAGUGCAGCUCAACUGCCUUAUUACCAUCUCACUUGGACACGAUGUGGCCUUUUGAUCGGAUAUCCUGGCAGGACAUUCUCACGGGUAAUACAGAUCCUUUCUUUUGGUGGAUACCGCUCAUUGGUCUGGUUGUUAGUGUCGGCGUCGUCAACUUACUCUGGCUAAUGGCUGAGCAUUUACUCAAGCUUGUGGCAAACCUGUCUAUUUGUUGCUCUAUCCAUAAUCUAUGGCCUCAUGCCCGCUCGCAAGAGACUAGAUAUCAGCAAAUUCAACGAAGGGUGGCGACAACGGUGGUUCUGUUUAUGUUGGUAGCGACGUGUAUACCCUAUCAGUUUGUUUUUGUGGUUGCUUUUCUUGUUCAUAUUGUUGGAUGUGUUCGAUCCUUGAUACAGUGCAAGAUGCAUAUGGGAGAUAUAAGAAAAGCAAAUCGAUAUCAUUUCAUGUUCUCUCUGUUGCUCCUCUUGUUUACUCUAUUGCCCUUUAAUCUACCUAUUCUCCUCGUCUGGAUCCGUAAUAUUUCUGUUCAUUGGUUUGUACCAUUCUCAUCAGAUCAUAGUAUUUUGGCCAUUGCACCCAUCAUGAUCUACACUGAACUUCUUACAAGCCAUCGAAAGAUGUUGCCUCGUCAAAACAAUAGAUUCUGGAGUGUUAUUACUUAUUUAUUCAUGUAUUAUGUUGUGAUAUAUGCCUUUUUAUUUGGUAUCAAGUAUACCCAUUGGAUCUAUUUUUUAGCAAACCAUCUCAUUGCAUGGUUCUUGAUUAUUCAUUUCAGAGACUCACAUCACGGUCGAUUAGUCUAUCAUUACUUGAUGAAUCAUGUCCGAAGCAAGAAACAAUCAUAG